GAAUCUACCUUCUGGACUUGAUCUACAUUGAUUCUGCAUACCCUGCCUCUGGCAGCAUCAUGGAAAACGAACAAAGAUCCAACCAGAUGAACAACAUCCUCCGGAUCAUUGCCGAUUUGCAAGUUUCCUGCAGCUAUGAUCACCUCACUACCCUGCCACAUGUGCAGAAGUACCUGAAGUCUGUACGCUACAUUGAGGAACUCCAGAAGUUCGUGGAAGAUGACAACUACAAACUGUCACUCAGAAUCGAACCAGGAAGCAGCUCUCCAAGACUAGUCUCUUCCAAGGAAGAUCUUGCAGGCCCCUCUGCUGGCUCCAGCUCAGCCAGGUUCCGCCGGAGGCCCACCUGUCCUGAUGCAUCUGUGGCUGGCAGCCUUCCCACGCCACCAGUCCCCAGACAUAGGAAGAGCCACAGCCUGGGCAACAAUAUGAUGUGUCAGUUGAGUGUAGUUGAAAGUAAGAGUGCAACAUUCCCAUCGGAGAAGGCCAGGCACCUGCUGGACGACAGCGUCCUAGAGUCCCGCAGCCCCCGCAGGGGCCUCACCCUCACCUCCUCCACCGCCAUCACCAACGGACUCUCCCUAGGCAGUAGUGAGAGCUCAGAGUUUAGUGAAGAGAUGUCUGCAGGGCUGGAAAGCCCCACGAGCCCUUGCAACUGUACUGUGGGCAGCUCAGCCACUGUGCCCACUAUGGAGGGGCCUCUAAGACGGAAAACCCUGCUCAAGGAAGGCCGGAAGCCUGCACUAUCCUCGUGGACCAGGUACUGGGUCGUACUCUCAGGAUCCACCCUCCUAUACUAUGGAGCCAAGUCCUUGCGGGGCACAGACAGAAAACAUUAUAAAUCUACACCUGGCAAGAAGGUCUCCAUCUUGGGCUGGAUGGUGCAGCUGCCGGAUGACCCUGAGCACCCAGAUAUCUUCCAGCUGAAUAACCCUGACAAAGGCAAUGUUUACAAGUUCCAGACGGGCUCCCGGUUUCACGCAAUACUGUGGCACAAGCACUUGGAUGAUGCGUGUAAAAGCAACAGGCCUCAGGUACCGGCAAACCUUAUGUCAUUUGAAUAAGUAUCUGCAGGACUUGGCGUGACCUCAAAGGCUUCUGGGAGCCUGGACUAGGUCUGGUGGAGGAGAGCAGCUCUGGGCAUAAGCUGUUGGCCAAGGCACUGGAGCCCCAUAGCUCGAGGAAUGUGGCCUGCAGCCUCACAGUCCUGGAUGGCUCCCCAGUGUGAGAUCCACCUGUCAACACUCAGCAACUCUCAUGACUCAUCCUGCAGCACCACCCCACAGGGUGGUUGUCAGACCCCAAACUGCUCACCCUAUGCCCCCUCUCUGGGCCAUCGUCUGUCCACCAGCUGCUUCUGCAUCAAGGGAGCAUCUGACCCAUGUUGGGUUCUCCUUGCUUUCUGCUGCACACAGAGUGGA